UUUCCGGCGGGAUAGCGUGUGCGAAGGGCGAGAUGGCGAAAAAUCACAGCCACACACGAUCGCAUGUGCAACAAAUGGUUUGACCGUCGUCAGCGCCCAUCGUGGCGCUCGUCCUGACUUCGGUGGGGGUGGUCGGACGUUCGGGUGCGCUCGUGUACGCGUCCUAUAAAAGCGACCCUCUUAUCGGACGGCGUGCUCAAUCGGUCGAAGGAUACGAUCGGCGCCGGUACCACCGUCCGUACAGUGUCCUGGCUCCCGGUUCGAACUAAUUACACCACGCCAGUUCAGUUUGAAACUAUUUGUGCCUCGGUCGCGUUAAAGAGCUCGCUGGAAGGAUAUGAAGUGUGCACUGUAGUUUGAUGGAAUAAGCUUCCGGUUGGGUGAGGUGUUGGUAUAAACUAUCCAGCCUAAAGCGAUUCCUUCGCAGCCGAACCGUGCUCGCUAUGCUAAUGGAAUGUGAUACGUAGCAGCAGCAGCAGUCAGGAAGAAAUAAAACUAAUCCUAGCGGAAAAUCGACUAACUGGCCGUGAAAAGACAGUCACCCUGUCGCAGACAAGCCACCUUUUUGUUGGACUCCUCUCCCAAAAACAAAAACAAAAAAACCUCCCGCGAUACAUUCGCGCCAAACACAACCGAUGCUAGCGUACCGUGCGUUAUCUGGUGGAUAAGAGAGUCGCUCACGUAAAUAACUAGUCGCUUUAUUCGCUCGGCAUGCAAAUGAGCUACAUUUGUAGCACGCGCGGCUCCAUAUAAAAUGUCCGGAACGGGACGUAAAUUAUCGCGUGACGAUCAAGUCGCCCAGUGUCAACGGUAUCGCCCAACGAUGACACACCCUACCGUUGCGGGUCGGUUCACCGGGGGCCAAUGUCCAUAAGCAGCACCGUACCCACCUGCUGCUGCACCCUGUAAGGAUGAAUCGUCCUGUCUGCGCGCUUCGCCAAACCUUCAACCGUACCGGGGCGCACUUGCAGGAGCGCCAGCCGUUCACGAUGAAUGUCGCAGGGCGCACCAAAUUCGUACCGCUUGUGUGUGUCGUUUUGUUGUGCGUGUUUUGUCGCACCGUUGUAGCACAUCCCCGUGACCAUAGGGCAGCGAGCGUACAGCAGCGCCCGGUGGAGGACACCGAAAUUGGACAGCUUCUGAGCAAUCUUGUCGAGACGAGUCGGGAUGGGGAUGAUUACAGCUUCGAGGAGGACGAGCCGAUCGGGAUGGGCAGUUCGGGUGGUGGGAAUGGAAGUGUGGUGGGGCCCACCGGGAGCCGUGCGCUGCACAAACGAAGUCUCAGCAACCUUGAGAUUCAACCGAUCAAUGACGAUACAAACUACACCGUGUACUAUGUAGGUGUGCUGAUGGCUUCCCAUCUCGACUCACCGUUUGAUCUGGAACGCUGUGGACCGGCUAUCGAUUUGGCGCUGGAGCUGGUAAACCAAAGUCUCAUGAAAAUGCACAACGUUCGGCUGAGCAAGGUGCAAAGAAGUUACGCUACCUGUUCCGGGUCCAAAUCGCCCGGGCUCGCGGCCGAUAUGCACUUCAAGCAUAGCGUGAUCGCCUUCAUUGGACCGGCGUGCGCGUUCGCACUCGAACCCGUGGCACAGCUAGCCGACUACUGGAACACACCCAUCAUCACCGGCAUGGGCGAUCAGCCCCCAUCCGAGGGUGAACUCUCGGUGACAUCCGGCAUCCUGGGCCGAUUGAGCAACAGGUGGAAAAACGAUAGCUCGGGCAUGUUCAAGGAUAAGUCUCGCUACCAAACGCUUACCCGCAUGUCGUACUGCCAGUGCCGGUUGAAGCUGGUGUUCUCGAGCAUCUUUCGACAGUUCGGUUGGCGCCAUAUCGCACUCAUCAUCGACCGUUCGGAUCUGUUUUCGCUGACGGUCGGCAAGAACCUGGAGUAUGGGCUGAAGGACGAGGAGCUGCUAAAGUUUGUGCGCGAGCUAGACGGUAACGAUGAGGAGGAUAUCGAUGCCUACCUGAAGGAUGCCAGCAUGUACGCUCGAGUAAUAAUACUUUCCGUGCGAGGCUCGCUGGUUCGCAAAUUUAUGCUCUCCGCCCUGGCGCUCGGUAUGACGCGGGGCGAGUUCACGUUUCUGGACGUGGAAAUCUUCCAAAGCUCCUACUGGGGCGACCAUUACUGGGAGCUGGGCGAUGAGGAUGACUUUAAGGCGCGCAAAUCGUACGAAGCACUGCUGCGCGUGUCGCUGCUCCAACCGACCAGCCCCACCUACCAGUACUUCGCCGAGAAGGUGCGCUUUCUGGCGAAGCGCGACUACAACUACACGUUCGUGGAGGACGAGGAGGUUAACUUCUUCAUCGGAGCGUUCUUCGACGGGGUGUAUCUGCUCGGGAUGGCACUGAACGACACGCUGAACGAGGGCGGUGACAUACGCGACGGUACGGCCAUUACCCGGAAGAUGUGGGGCCGUGACUUUGAAGGCAUCACCGGGCACGUGCGGAUUGAUGACAACGGUGAUCGUGAUGCGGACUACUCCAUCCUCGACCUGGAUCCAAUUACCGGCCGCUUCGAGGUAGUGGCCCACUACUACGGUAUCACACGCGAAUACUCACCCGUCAAGGGCAAGAAGAUACAUUGGCCGGGAGGUCGGGAAGGUCCACCGCCGGAUGUGCCCAAGUGUGGAUUCCUCGGUACAUCGCCCGCCUGUCAGGGCAAUGGUGACAUGAUUAUCCUUUAUGGACUCGUUGGAUUCGGCAUAAUCUCUGCCUUUGGCGCAGCGGUCACGUAUAUACUGUGCAAACAAAUGAAGCUUAAUAGCGAGCUGAACAACAUGUCCUGGCGCGUCCGGCCGGACGAGGUGCUGCUGGAAGUGGGCAAAAUGUUUGGCAGCAAAAUGGGCCUGCAGAAGCUGAACUACGAGAACUUUUCCCUACAACAGUUCGGUCUGAACUCUGGUCGCGUCUCGAUCGCGUCCGGCAACUCGCAACUACCCGCCCAACUGUUUACCACCAUCGGCAUCUACAAGGGUGAACGGGUUGCGAUUAAAAAAGUGGCCAAAAAGAAGGUCUACAUCACGUCCACACUGCUCUGGGAGAUAAAGCAGGCGCGGGACGUUAGCCACGAAAAUACGGUCCGGUUCGUGGGUGCCUGCAUCGAUUUGCCUCGCCCAACCAUUCUCAUCCUCACCGAGUACUGCCCCAAGGGAAGCCUGAAGGAUGUGCUCGAGAAUGAAGCGAUCCAGCUGGACUGGAACUUCCGCAUGUCGCUCAUCCAUGACGUGGUGAAGGGAAUGGCUUACCUGCACAACAGUGACGUCGGUGUGCACGGAAAGCUACGCUCCUGCAACUGUCUGAUCGAUGGGCGCUUUGUGCUGAAAAUCUCCGACUUUGGGCUGCGCACGCUGACGACGCCGUCGGAGUACGUGCGCGACCAGAACUACUACAACAUGCUAAACUUUACAGAGCUGCUGUGGGUAGCGCCGGAACUGUUGCCCGCCACCGUCAUCCCGGGCACGCCGGCCACCCAGAAGGGGGACGUCUACUCGUUCGCGAUCAUCCUGGAGGAGAUUGUGGUGCGCGGUGGACCGUACGAAACGGCACGCCAGUUUCUGGACCCGCAGGCAAUCGUGGAGCGGGUGGCACUGCACGAGAGUCCCCCGUUUCGGCCGUUCGUCGGGCAGCGCGAUUGUCCGCCGGAUUUGUUGGAUCUGAUGGAGAAGUGCUGGUCGGACGGUCCGGACGAUCGGCCAACGUUUUCCGGGAUACGGAGCAGCGUGCGGCUGAUCAUGAAAGGAUUCUGCGAAAAUCUUAUGGACGAUCUGCUCCGCCGCAUGGAACAGUACGCCAACAACUUGGAAAGCUUGGUGGAAGAGAAAACGGAGCAGCUCAGCAUGGAAAAGCGUCGCACGGAGGAGCUACUCUACCAGGUCCUACCACGCCCCGUCGCCCAACAGCUGCUGGCCGGGGAGAUGGUCCAGCCGGAACAGUUUGAGUGUGUCACGAUUUACUUCAGUGACAUCGUGGGCUUUACCGCCCUGUGCGCCCAAAGCCGCCCGAUGGAGGUGGUGGACUUUCUGAACGAUCUCUACAGCACAUUCGAUCGCAUCAUCGGGUUUUACGACGUGUACAAGGUGGAAACGAUUGGCGACGCGUACAUGGUGGUGUCCGGUUUGCCGGAGCGAAACGGGCACGAUCAUGCGCGCGAAAUUGGCCUAAUGGCACUGGCGAUUCUGGAUGCGGUCAAGUCGUUUACCAUCAAGCAUAAGCCGGACUAUCAGUUGAAGAUUCGUAUCGGCAUUCAUUCCGGACCGGUGUGUGCCGGAGUCGUGGGACAAAAGAUGCCCCACUACUGUCUGUUUGGAGAUACUGUCAACACGGCUUCGAGGAUGGAAUCGACCGGACAUCCACUCAAAAUUCACGUCUCCGAAGCGGCCAAGCAAAUUCUGGACAAAUUCGGAACGUUUCGUACAGAGCUGCGCGGUGACGUCGAGCUGAAGGGUAAAGGCAUCGUAACGACCUACUGGUUGCUGGAGUGUUCCGAACCCGAUCCAAGACCGCCAACACCGAUGAGAAACUAUAACGAGAACGAAGUACCGUUCCCGAUACUGUUCCCAGCGAUCGGGAAGUAACCGGAAGGAUGGUCCUCCGUACAUGUUCUGCAGUGCUCUUGUAACAGUGUCAAUGUUAGCCAAAUCAGUGUCUUUCGCUUCGUAAUCGUAUCAACCCGUGGGAUGUGUGAGGAUUGGUUCGAGGAAGAUGACUAUGUUGGACGGUUUCAGCCGCACCACUACGGAUGGCGACGGCAUGCUGGAAUGUACCCUCCUCAUGUGUGUAUGUGUGUGUGUGUAUGUGUGUCAAUUGAAAUUGGAUCAAAUGGUGCCGUAAAAGCCGUACCGUACCGUAAUUACCCGAUUGUCCAUAUAGUGUUGAAAGGGAUGUUGCUUGAGAGAGAGGGAGAGAGAAAAAAAAACGGGAACUUUUUAGAGCAUGAUCCGAAGAUGGUGAACUAUUUUGUGUAGCGUUUAUAGCCGACGGUUCGAGUUCGAACCACCUGAAUGUGAACUGUAUUUAGAUGUAUUUUCGCUGUUCUUACGACCAAUUGAAUAAAUGUCGAUAUACAACUGUGUGACAAUUAGUUACGUGUAACAAACUAUGGUUUUGGUUAU